GCGGAGUAUCACUUAACCUAUUUGACUGGCGCAUGAUUGCUGCUAGAAUGCUCAAAAAGAAUGUAAAGAUAUGAUGUUUGGUGGAAUAUGAUUUUACUCACACAUCGUGUUUUCUUUUUCUUUUCUUUCUUUUGUUGACCAUUAAUUUAGCACUACCCAUUUGUUUUUCAUUACCUUGUCCAAGAACUGUAAUUAAUUUUCAUUUAAAGUCUAAAAACCAGUCCCACAAAAGCCCACCGUCAUAAUUUGAAAAUUAGCUACUGUUGCCGAAUCUCAAGAUCUCACGAGAAUGCUAAUAAUCAUUGAGUUAAUUAUGCUUCCCAUGUGAUGAUUUGCUGUACACUUGUUUUUUUAUUAGUUUGAACCCAAAUCACUCAAUAUAAUCUUCUUUAAUUGAUUCACAUCUCUGUUGCAGGCUAUAUAUCCUUAAUCAUGGAACAGUAAGACAAGAUUUUUAUUCAUUCAUCUCACAUUAAUUACUGGUAUUAGUAGAAGAUUAAAGAAAAUGAAGUCACCUGUGACAUUGUGCUUCAUCUUCUUCAGCAUUGUUGUUUCUUCUUCUUCUUAUAAGGUUGAGGGAGAUGAUGAAGUGUCUGCUUUGCUGUUGCUAAAAGCGGGUCUGGUUGAUCCGACUGGUCAGCUUAAAGACUGGAGAUUGCCAGUGAAUGGUUCUGAUUACUGCAAGUGGACUGGAGUGAGAUGCAGCUCCACCAUUAAUGGAGCUGUUGAAAAGCUUGACCUUUCCGGCUUGAAUCUAAGCGGCGGGAUAUCGGAUCAAAUCGCUUCCCUCAAAAGAUUAAGUUACUUGAAUAUUUCAUGCAAUGGGUUCUCAUCUACGUUGCCGGAAUCUCUGUUCAGUCUCACUUCACUACAGGUCAUUGAUCUGAGCCACAACUCGUUCUCCGGCGGAUUUCCGUCCGGCCUCGGAAGGUUAGGCUCUGGACUGAUAUCGUUGAAUUCUUCUAGUAACAACUUCUCCGGUUAUCUCCCCGAUGAUCUUGGAAACGCAACGCUUCUCGAGAGUUUGGAUUUCAGAGGGAAUUUUUUCGAGGGCUCCAUUCCGGUUUCUUACAGGAAAUUGGGGAAUUUGAAGUUCUUAGGGCUUUCCGGGAACAAUCUCACCGGCCCGAUUCCGAAAGAGCUCGGAGAGAUUUCUUCGUUGGAUACACUGGUUCUGGGAUACAAUGCGUUUGAAGGUGGGAUUCCCGCGGAGUUCGGGAAUCUGACGAAUCUCAGGUAUCUGGAUUUGGCAGUCGCGAAUCUUGGCGGGAAAAUCCCAAUCCAAAUUGGAAAUCUGAAGAUGUUGAACACGCUGUUCUUAUUCCAGAACGGUUUGGAAGGAGAAAUUCCGGCAGAGAUUGGGAAGAUGGAAUCACUGCAGCAGCUGGAUCUCUCUGAUAAUAUGUUGUCAGGCGAAGUUCCUCCAGAAAUUUCAAACCUGAAGAACUUGGAGCUAUUGAGCUUGAUGCGGAACGGGUUGUCGGGUUCGAUACCCGAUGGGAUUUCAAGCUUGGCCCGAUUAGAAGUUCUUGAGCUAUGGAACAACAGCUUUUCUGGCCCGUUGCCGAGUGACCUCGGCCUGAAGUCUCCUCUGGAAUGGAUAGACGUCUCCUCCAAUUCCUUCUCCGGACCGAUUCCUCCAUGGAUUUGCAGCCAAGGUAAACUCACCAAGCUUAUCUUGUUCAACAAUGCUUUCUCUGGCCCUAUUCCGCCCGGGUUAUCCAAAUGUGGUUCCCUGGUUAGGGUUAGGAUCCAAAAUAAUCUCCUUUCGGGGACGAUCCCGCCCGGUUUCGCCAUGCUCGGGAAUCUCCAGAGGCUUGAAGUCGCAAACAACAGUCUCUCUGGCCAAAUCCCUACCGACAUAGCUUCCUCUCUUUCUUUCGUUGAUCUCUCCCAAAACCGUCUCCAAUCCUGUCUUCCUUCAUCCAUUUUCACCAAUCCUUCUCUUCAGAACUUCAUCGCCUCGAACAAUGAUCUGGAGGGAGAAAUCCCGGAUCAUUUCCAGGGCUGCCCUUCCCUCUCAGUCCUCGACCUCUCCUCAAAUCGUCUCUCUGGAAACAUUCCACCCAGCAUAUCUUCAUGUGGGAAGAUGGUGAAGUUGAAUCUAAGCAACAACAGAAUAAACGGGGCGAUCCCAGAAGCAAUAGCCAACAUGCCCACAUUAGCCAUUCUCGAUCUCUCAAACAACACCCUUACGGGUAGGAUACCUUUCAACCUCGGGAACUCUCCGGCCUUGGAAACACUCAAUGUGUCUUACAACAACCUUGACGGUCCCAUCCCUGACAAUGAAAUGCUCGGGACAAUAAAUCCGAAUGAUCUCCGGGACAAUUCUGGUCUAUGUGGAGGAGUGCUCCCCCCAUGCUCCAAGAACAUGUCAAGGCACAGAGGUCUUCAUGAGAAACACAUUGUAGUAUUCCUUAUUGGGAUUUCUGCACUCAUAGCUGUAGUUGUCAUCGGUUUUGGGCUAAGAUUCAUUUACAAAAGAUGGUAUGAGAAUGGGAGUUGUUUGGAGGAGAGAUUAGAAACUGGAGAUGGAGAGUGGCCGUGGAGGUUGAUGGCGUUCCAAAGAAUAGGGUUCACAAGUAAAGAGGUGUUGGCAUGCAUCAAAGAAUCAAAUGUGAUAGGAAAGGGAGCAACGGGAGUGGUUUAUAAAGCUGAGAUGCAGAGACUGAGCACAACUGUUGCGGUUAAGAAACUAUGGCAUUCUGCAAGAGACAUUAUUGAGAUGGGAUCAUCAGAAAGCGAAGACGUGGUAGGUGAGGUUAACGUCUUGGGAAGAUUACGACAUAGAAAUGUGGUGAGACUACUAGGAUUCCUGCACAAUGAUCGAGAGGCAAUGAUAGUAUAUGAGUACAUGGAGAACGGCAGCCUUGGGGAAGCGUUACAUUGUAAAAGGCUCCUAGUGGACUGGGUGUCAAGGUAUAACAUAGGUGUCGGGGUGGCACAAGGCCUAGCAUACCUCCACCAUGAUUGCCACCCGGCCAUCAUUCACCGUGAUGUGAAGUCAAACAACAUCUUGCUUGAUAUGAAUCUUGAAGCAAGGAUUGCUGACUUUGGGCUGGCGAAGAUUAUGCUCACCAAGAAUGAGACGGUUUCCAUGGUUGUGGGAUCUUAUGGAUACAUUGCUCCUGAGUAUGGGUACACCUCUAAAGUUGACGAGAAGAGCGACAUAUAUAGUUACGGGGUUGUGCUUCUGGAGCUUGUAACAGGAAAACGGCCAUUAGAGCCUGAAUUUGGAGAUUCAGUGGACAUUGUAGAAUGGAUGCGCAUGAAAAUCAGAGACAACAGAUCGCUAGAGGAGGCAGUGGACCCGAGUGUGGGUAACAACAAACACGUACGGGAAGAGAUGCUGCUAGUCCUGAGAAUUGCCUUACUUUGUACUGCAAAGCUACCCAAGGACAGACCUUCCAUGAGGGACGUCCUAUCGAUGCUUAGAGAGGCGAAACCACGGCGGAAGGGCAGCAACGCCAAUGAUGGAGUUGGCAUGCCAGUGGUGUUUAGCACAUCGCCUGUAAAUGGCCUUUUGUAAUUUUAAAAAUAACAGAAAAAAUACAAAAACAAGAAUGGCCAGGCUGUCCAAGUAAUCUUGUCAUUGUAAUGAUUUUCUGAAGUUUUUGUAUGUAGGCAUAUGUACCUGGUUUUAAUAGGGUACUACAUUGCAUCUGUAUGCAAGAAUGCAUGCAUGCAUGCAUGAAUGACAGUUUAUUUUGCAUUCAACCAGCAGGGAAAUGUUCGUCCAGUAUUUAUUAAGUCAAUCACCCAUAUGUUGGUGUAAUACUUUAAUUGAUAAAAGUGUAUCUUCACUUAAGUAAUGCCAAGCAACAAGAGGUU